AUGGUCCGCGCUGAACACAAGUUUACAAAGAAAGCUAUCUUGAUGUCCAAGCUCUGGAUGAACAAAGUCUGGAGCUGGGAUCACUGCUUCAAUGCGCUGGCUAUAGCUUCCCUUGAUCAGCAGCUCGGCCUCGACCAGCUCACCGUUGUCUUCGAUCACCAAGCGCCGGAUGGCCGUCUCCCUGACUCAAUCGUCUGGCAGGAUGUCGAGUGGGGGUUCACAAAGCCUCCCAUCCAGGGCUGGGCUCUUUCCAGGCUCCUCGCCCAAGGCGACACCUCGCGUCUUCCUUUCUGGGCGCAUGGGAACGAUUCUGGUUGGGACAACUCCACCGCGUUCGACAGCACGCCAAUGACCGUCGGGCCUGACCUGGCGGCUUACAUUUUUCUCCAGGCCAGCUGCCUAGAACAGGUCGCUGAACGUCUACGACACGAGAACGAGGCCGAGAAGUGGGCAAACAUGAGGAGGUUUUUGAUCAAUGCGCUCAUCGAAGAAUUUUGGGAUGGCGAGUCUUUCCUCCUCAAGAAUGCUAUAACAGGCGAGACCUUCAAAACAACCGCCCUUCUACAGUUCAUGCCUCUCGCUGCCGCGCGACAUCUACCAGAUGAAGUCGUUGACAAGAUGAUCACAUAUAUUGUGUCCAAGCACUUCAGCGAGUGGGGUCUUGCUACCGAGGAACUCGCCUCGCCUCAUUACGAGAGCGACGGAUACUGGCGCGGCCCUAUCUGGGCUCCCUGA